CAGGAAGGGCAAUCUCUUCUACCCUUUUGCGUCCAAGGAGGAAUGGAAGUUGCUGACUAUCUCCUUCGCUCAUCCCUGGAUAUGGCAGCAAUUGAUGAAUUCUUGAAGCUUCACAUGAUCCAAAAUUUACAACUAUCAUUCAGCAACGCUAGUGAAUUGUGUAGUCGUGCCGAGAUGCUCCCCAGCGGACCAAGCUGGAAAUGCCAGACCAUUCCCUCACUUCAUCCUACAAAACUUCCUAUCCGCUUAUUCUGGCGAGAUCCUAUUGAAUGCCUGGAAAGCCUUUUCAGCAAUCCUCUGUUUCAUGAUAAGCUCAAUUUCAUCCCUCGUCACGUGUACAAAACGGCAGCGCGGCUUCUGAGGGUAUAUUCUGAAUGGUUGACAGGUAAUUCUGCAUGGGACGUGCAGGUAUGUGCAGGUUCAGUCUACUCAUUUUGCACUGUCUUGAGCCCCUUCAGUGACAAAUCCCGUAUUAUACAGGUCACCCGACCUACAUAA